AGGAGAGAAGAAGAAAUGGCUAGGAGGAAUAGAAGUUUGGCAGAAUUUUUAGUCAUGUUGGAUAAAUAUAAACCAUUGAUACCAGAAGAAGUGACGGAAUAUUACCUACAAAAAGCAGGUUUCGAAUGUACAGAUCCGAGAUUAAAAAGAUUACUCUCAUUAUCAGCACAGAAAUUCGUUUCUGAUCUCGCGAGGGAUGCUCUGCAUUUCGCAAAGUUACGUGUGAAUGGGACGGCUGUAGGAAGAGGACGUCCCGCUUCGGGUGUAGACAAGAAUAGAAUAGUCCUAACGAUGGAUGACCUUUCACAAGCUUUAGGUGAACAUGGUGUUGAUCUCAAAAAACCAGAUUAC